AAAUUAAUGACUAAACAAAAAAAAAACAAUUGCAAUUGCAGCGAAAUUUGAAACUGCAAAAGUAUUUUCGUUUUAAAAUAUACAACAAACACAUGGUUAAUUGAAAAUAAAAGAAAAGGAAAAACAGAAAUCAAAUGACUGUGUUAUGAAAUCAAUCAUUCGGUGGAUUCUAAAAUUUCAAUAGUUCUACAAGUUCAAUAGCGGACAAAUUGGAAAUUUGUAAUUAAUUUUAAAAAAGGUUUGCUUGCUUCCACAAGUGGUAGACUUUCUCUGCAGAGUAACCCAAAGAAGACUGAUGUCAAUUUACUUAAGUUGAUAUUUUUCAAUCUCACGUCGGCACCAACGGAACACUGUUGUUGUAUAGACAUUGUAUAUAUAGUUGAUAAUCUUAUCACUUCCAACCGCUAAUAAAUAUCUUAUUUGAUUUUUAAGAUACUGAUACUGAAUUUAAACAAACAAAAUUAACACUCUCAAGAGCAAUUUAUACUCAUGAAUCCUCCUACUGGCAGUCAAAGUAACUACUACAACAACAACGGUAAUACAAUUAGUAACGACUCCGAUCAUAGACGCCAACAGCAAAAAGAAUGUCACAACAAUACACACAGUAUAAACAUAAAUUGUCAUGAAAGUAACUCAACAGUCUUCUCUAUACCCUCAUCGCCUCCGAUCAGUUAUUCUGUAUCAACAUCCCCUCCAACUUUCAACGCAAAUAACAAUCCAAUCAGAUCUUCAGAACCAUCUGAACCCUCAGAAGCUAGCACACUGUUAGGUGGCGGAAAUCAUAGCAAAAUGAGAAUUCAAUUUGGUGGUAUUUUCAAACAACGUAGUGUCAUUGUAGACUUACUAGCGAUAUUCUUUGGGAUUGGCACAUGGAUAGGAAUUAAUGGUACCUUCAUACAACUACCUCUGCUGGUAGAUGUAGCACCAGAAGGCUGGAGUCUACCUUCUUAUCUUAGUGUUAUGGUUCAAAUUGGCAAUUUGGGACCACUAGCUUAUACGCUGCUACAAAAAUUUUCCAAACACAAUGACGCUUACAUGAUAUAUGGCUUAUUGAUAACGGGCGCUGUAUCAGCUAUACUAACAGCCUUCUUUUACAGUCGAACAGCAAUUAUAUUUGGGUCAGAACAUAGUGUGGCCUUGUUUGCGUUAACAUUUUUCACAGCACUAACGGCAUGUACGAGCUCAGUUCUAUUCAUGCCAUAUAUGGGGCGAUUUAAAGAAAUCUACUUGGUAACAUAUUUUAUUGGAGAAGGCCUGAGUGGUUUGUUACCCAGCGUAGUGGCUUUAAUUCAAGGUAUUGGUGGUACAGCCGAAUGCCGCCUGACUAAUGUUACAGAAACGGGACAAGAAAUCUAUGAAAAAUAUGUACCACCGCCUCUUUUUGGUACAAGGGAGUUUUUCUUUUUCGUGUUUGUUAUGAUGGUAUUAAGUUUUGUUGGCUUUUUAUUAUUAGAUCGCCUGAAAUUAUCGAAAAAACAAUAUGCAGCUGUUCAAGUUGGUCAUGGAAAUAAUUAUGUAUACGAAAGGGAAACAAAGACUAUGCCAAAUACAAAUGGCAUAGAAUCCAAUGGCCAAGUCAAUAACAAUUCUGUUGCUGAACCGGAUAAAGUCGACAGUGAUUUGGCACCAGAAAUUUCAUCUAGUAAAUACACAUUCCUGUUAUUACUAAUUGGCACAAUAAGCUUCUUUGCCAAUGGCAUUUUUAAUAGUAUACAAUCAUACUCUUGCCUCCCAUACGGCGGACAAGCCUACCAUUUAUCGGCUACAUUAAGUGUGAUUGCCAAUCCACUGGCGUGUUUUAUGGCCAUUUUCUUACCUCACACCUCAAUGCGCAGUAUAUUAACAUUAACUGGAUUAGCGGGCCUACUGACAGUUUAUGUAUUUAUUACAGCCGCCAUGAGUCCUUUCCCACCGCUAUAUGGUACAACAGUAGGAGCAGUGUUAGUGAUUAUAACAUGGACUCUACUCAUUGGUUUAGUUAGCUACAUUAAACUGAGCAUAACCACCGUGAUGCGAUCUCAGGGAGGUAAAUCACUGGUGUGGACUGGCGGAUUAACACAAUUAGGUUCUACAAUUGGCUCAAUACUUAUUUUUGUUUUAAUAAAUUAUACAAAUAGUUUUACGGCGGCUUAUGAAGAAUGUUAAAGCACAUCUUAAUCUUUAUUUUUCAAUGCAAAUUAGGAUUUGAAUAAAAAUAAAAUCCCACUUAUAUAAAACAAAGAUGUUUCAAACGUAACUUUAUAUAUGUAUGUGAUAUUUGCCGAUAACUUAAAUUAUUUUUUUUUAUUUUAUUUACGUUUUCUUUUAUACAAAAAACAAGAUAUGUAGCAAAUGAACAAAUGGUCGAAAAAUAUGUUUAAAUAAAAUUCUUAUUACGUUUUUAAAUAA